AGCUUUCCCAAAAGUCAACUCCCUCUUCCUCCACCCUCCGUCUGCUUACAACGUUAAAAGUAAACAAAAAAAACCAAAACCAAAACCAAAACCAGUUGGGGAAAGAAUUUAAAUUUAUGGGAAACAGUGUUAGAAAGCUAAGCCAUUGCUGUUCUUGCAAUGGAGAAAGCCAUGAAAUGACGACUCACAUUAUGCCACACCCGACCCAAGACUUCGUUGGCCAUUCUUUUUGUUACGUUCGACCCGACCCGGCUCGUCUCUCCUCCUCCAAAGUCCACUCUUUAAACGACUGUUCUUCCUCGACCACUACUAAAGCGACGACGUUUCGUUCCAUAUCCGGAGCUUCCGUUGGUGCCAACAUAACUACGGUUCCAUUGGCGUCAUCCCCGUUACCUGAUCGUUCCUCCACGUUUGAAAGCUCGGAGUUAUUUGCUUCCCUUACUCUCCAACCAGUGCCACGUGGCAGCUCCCAUUGUUGGUCUGGUCCAAUGGAACGUGGGUUCUUGUCAGGACCGAUUGAUAAGUUCCAGAGAAGCUUGUCUCAUGGUAGUUUUAAUUCGAAGAAGAAAAGUUUUAGUUUGAUGAAUGGUUUCAAGAGAGCAAUAUCAAAUAAAAUGCUAAAAGCUUCUGUUUCAGAUAAAGAAUUAUCACCAGAUACAGAGAGGAGUAAUGAGAAUUUUCUUGUUAAAUCUAAUCCUAGCAGUAGGGGGAGUUUGAGUGUUGAUGAUCAUGGUGAUCAAAAUGAUGAUGAUGAUGGUGAUGAUGGUGAUCAGUUCUCAAUGAAAAGUCAGAAUUUGCAAUGGGCACAAGGGAAAGCUGGUGAGGAUCGGACCCAUCUCGUUGUUUCAGAAGAAGAUGGGUGGAUUUUUGUAGGGAUUUAUGAUGGUUUUAGUGGACCCGAUGCACCUGAUCAUUUGCUUGGUAAUCUUUUUAAUGCUGUGUUCGAAGAGCUUAAAGGUUUGCUGUGGAAUGAUGAUAAGGCAGAAUCAGAUGAAGCUUUGGGAUUGGAUGCUUUUGAAGGUAAAGAGAAUUCUGGGAAAAGGUUGAAGAAGUGGAAGUGCGAAUGGGAUAGUGAGAGGUUGGAGCUGUCUACGAAUUCAAUGGAAAGUGUUGAUCAUUCCGAUGUUCUGAAGGCACUUUCAGAGGCUUUGAGUAAAACUGAGGAGGCUUAUUUAAAGGUUGCUGAUUUAAAACCUGAGUUACAUGUAAUGGGUUCUUGUGUUUUGGUAACUUUGUUGAAUGGAGAAGAUGUUUAUUUGAUGAAUGUGGGGGAUAGCAGAGCCAUUCUGGCACAAAAAGCAGGGUCUAAGACUAAGCCUGAGAUCGAAACCCCUUUUAAUUUGAUUCCUCUUCAGCUCACGAUGGAUCAUAAUGCAGAUGUAGAAGAGGAAGUUGAGAGAAUCAGGAAAGAACAUCCAGAUGAUGAUGAGGCAGUUGUGAAUGAGAGAGUGAAAGGCUAUUUGAAGGUCACUCGGGCUUUUGGGGCUGGCUUUCUCAAACAGCCAAAAUGGAAUGAUGCCCUCUAUGAGAUAUUCAGAAUCAAUUAUGUUGGGACAUCCCCAUACAUCAGCUCUUCUCCUUCACUCUAUCACUACAAACUGAGCCCCGAUGACAGAUUUCUGAUACUGUCCUCUGAUGGACUCUACCAAUAUUUCACCAACCAACAAGUUGUCUCUGAAGUGGAGUGGUUCACUGCUUCAUUUCCUGAUGGAGAUCCCGCUCAGCAUCUUGUUGAAGAAGUACUGAUCCGGGCAGCUAAGAAAGCUGGUCUUGAGUUUCAUGAGUUGGUUGAGAUCCCACCAGGGGAACGUCGAAUGUACCAUGAUGAUGUUUCUGUGAUCAUUAUUUCUUUAGAAGGAAGGAUAUGGCGUUCAUCAGUAAACAGAAAUACCAGCUAG